AUGACAACAAAAAUAAAUACAAAAUUUUCCGAAACUUUAUUCGAUUUUUGGGCAUUUUGUGCGUCAAUUAGGGCGAAAAGCGCUCGUGCCUCGCCGCCGCCAUGGAAAUCUUCACCAAAUACACAUGCGUAAAUUGCCAGGAGGAGAUUACUGGCAUCGGAAUCUUGUGUCACGAAUGCACCGACGAAUACACGUCUUGUCUCGCCUGCUUCUCGUCGGGCGCGGAAACAGGCUCGCACCGCAACUCGCAUUCCUACAAAUUCAUCGAUACGGGUACGUUGUCGAUCUUUCGCGGCAAGAACGGAUGGUCGGCAAAGGAGGAGUUGCACUUGCUGGAUGCCAUCGAGCAAUAUGGCUACGGAAAUUGGCAGGAUAUCAGCAAGCACAUCGAGACAAAGUCCCCCGAAGAUGCCAAAGAGGAGUAUAUCAGUAAAUUUUUGCACGGCACUAUCGGGCGACAUACAUGGGGACCCGAAUUCGAGAACCGUCCCGUACUGAAAGACCAUACACGAGCAAGUGACACGACGCAAAUCGCGCGUUCGCAAACGGAAAAGUUGCCGCCUUUGGAUAUUUUGCCGGACGAGGCGCAGCAACUGGGCUAUUUGCCGCAUCGCGAAGACUUUGAAGUCGAAUAUGACGCAGCGGCGGAGAAAAUUGUCUCGAAUUUGCUCAUUACGCCGGAUGACGAAGACGUCGAUUUGCUUGUGAAACUCACGCAAAUUCACAUGUACACGCGACGACUGAAGGAACGGGCGCGUCGCAAGAAACUCGUGCGCGAUUAUCAGUUGGCGGCGCAAUUUUUCCGCGGCUCAAAUGCAGCAUCGCGUCGUUCCAGUAACAAAUCCUCCAAGGAGCAAAAGGAUUUUCGCGAUCGUUUCCGUGUUUUUGCCCAAUUUUACACAAGUUCGCAAUACGAACGCCUUUUAUACAGUCUCGAGGGCGAACGAACUCUCCGAAAUCGCUUGCAGGAGCUCACACGUUACCGCAAAAGUGGUCUCACGAAAAUCGACGAAUGCAUUUAUUACGAACAACAGAUGGCGCUGCAGCAAAAAGCAAAUCCCGCACGUAGCGACAUCUCGCAUCUCGACGCGAAACAAACGACGGAACGUUUGGCGCUGCUGCAUCAACUUUCGCAACAAAAUAAAAACAAACAUGGCGAAAAUAACGGCGAAUUGCAUCACAACAACAACAAUUCCGAUGAAUUUGCGUCGAAGGAGCUGCAAGAUGUCGUCAACCAGACACGGCGACAACUUUUGAACGCCAACGAAAUGCAAAUUUGCUCGAUAACGAACAAUCCGCCGCCGAAUUACAUCACGUGCAAAGCCGUCAUGCUUGCCAGUGGCGCGCAACGGUACCAACAACCCUCGAACGCGUCAGAAAAAAUGAUGAAAAAUUACUUUUCCAAAUGCGGAUGGCUGCAAUAACUCAAAAAAAAAAUGUUAACCUCUAACGGGCAUCGAUUAGAUUUUAUUGAAACGCUGGGAUUGAAGACUUUUAUUUUUAUUACCUUAAAAAAAAAUAUGCGCUCUUGUGAAUUUAUUGUAACCUGAAAAAAAAAAUAAAAAAAAUAA